UAAUUUAUUAGGCCUAUUACUAUUAUUAAUAAUAAGUAAUAAGUAUUAAGUUAGGCUACCGGCUACGCAUACACUACACUACUUUGUACUUACAAGUCAAGUACUAGAUUCUAGAUCUACUACACUUACACUACACUGACUUACAGUUACACUGAGUGUAAUACAGUGUUAUUAGUAGUUAUUACACUCUACAACACGUAACAACAGUGUCUACAGUACAGUCACCUUACAACACUGGUUUAUAUACUCUUACAGUACAGUUUACUUAAAGACUUAAAGUUACACGGCUAGUCUACACACUAGUAGAACACUUACUAGAUCUACAGUCUUACAGUUUACAGUACACUAACACUAGACAAGUCACUAGUUAACAGUAGACUACAGCCUUACAGUCAUAACAGUGUGAGUUACAUUCUACACAGUGUAACACACUGAUGCAAAAGUAUGGUUUACAGUACUUCUGGUGGAUUCCGGAACAUCCGUCUUGUGUCAAUCACAGAUGAACAGCAGGAGAGUGGACAAUAGAUUCUCCUUCCAGGCCCAUCAUGCUUAGAGUUUGCUCUACAGACAUUAACUUAAUGCUUGGGAAGUGUUUAGACAUCUGCCCAACAUACUACUUUAAAUCCCUACUGGCAUUGGUUCUUGUGUGGGAAGGUUGUUCAUUUUGAUAAUUGGUAUCAUAGUGGAGCUGAACUUCUUUUAAAACUGCAUGGAAGAUCCAAAAGCUGACUCUCCGAUAAAAUGGAGAAAAAUGAUUUCUCAAAAUAUUUUCCAUCGUUUGGUUAGGCGAGAGAUCUUUAACUCUAAAAGAGGAACUUGUUUUGUUGAAGCUCGCAAGUUCUACUUACAUAUAGUUCCAAAUGUCAGCACACUUAAUGUGGAAAAACCACCCUGUUACCUGCGCAAAUUUUCUCCCAAUGGCAGAUAUUUUCUUGCCAUCUCCUAUGAUCAGACUUGCCUGGAAAUUUAUGCAUUUAAAGGGAGUGAAGCUGCUGGAAAUCUUAUCAAAGACAUAGAAGGGGAGGUUAUUCCAGGAGCAGAGAGUUGCCAGGAUGAAAGUGGUGAUAUUCGAAGCCAAAUAUUUUCUCAAUUUCUUUCCAAACGCCAUGUGGUGAGAGUGACAGCAGGUGAAGAAAUUCUCAACAGAGAAUGCAGCUUGUUUACAGAGGACAGUCAGUUUGUCAUUGUAGGCUCAUGUCACCAGUUGCCUGAGGAAACCAGUGCCAGAUUUUUUGAUGUCUAUAGAAACAAUGAGUGCAUCACUCCCAACUACAGGCUCAUUCCUGAAGACUACACCAUUUAUGUUGUAGAGCUUAAGUCAGGUAUUGUUUGUGAUCGCAGGAGGUUCCGUCUGGACAAGAUUUACUUAUCUCAUAAUCAAGGCAUUUGUUUGUAUGGCCAUGUCCUGACCGUUCUCUCUGUCCAGCAGCAAGUCAUUCACGUCUUCCACAUCUCAGCCCAAGGCUCGUUAGUUCACAUCCGUACCAUUGGCAGGUUCUGUUAUGAUGAUGAUGACAUCUUUUAUCAUCAGACGAGUCAACAACCAGUGCACAGCAGGCCUUACACUGACAAGUCUAUUAACUCCUUGAAGCACAGGCUCCUUGUUUAUCUCUACAAGGCAGCAAAGAAUGGUCAUCUAGAUGGAGGCAUCCGAUCAUUUUACUGGGCAAUGGAUGACAUCAUCAAUUUAAGAAUGGGAAAAUUACAACUCCUUGAUGAGGAUCAUCUGCUCAUCAAAUAUGCCAUUGAAGAAGUUGUGACGUAUCGCAACGGUGACCCUUACAAUAUGCCCUCGCUUUUUGUUGUCUAUAACAUGCGUACAACAGAGAUUCUGGGUGUGUAUGAACAUACCUCACCUGAGCUUCUAGAAAUAAUGGAAAAUUUUCAAGAUCAUUUUCGCAACUCUUGGCCUCAUCUAUUCCCCCAAUUUCCAUCCUCUCCCUCCUCUUCUGUUCAUGCUAGAAGAAUUCAGCACAUGUUUAAAUGGACACUCAUUGUUGCCAAAAAUGGUGGCAAAAGGGAGGCAAUCUCACGUUUGUUAACACAGCUGCCCAUUAGCGCACAGUCGUACAGUUGCUCCCCUUACUUAGACUAUAGCUUGUUUAGCUAUGAUGACAAGUGGAUCUCCCAGUUAGAGAGGCCAAAAACAUCUGGAGAUCACCCCAUAAGGUUUUUUACCCGAAAUACGGGAGUGGUUAGCUUUGGCCUGAACACCGGAGGGUCAGAUGGGAGGAGGCUGGUUGCCUUUGUCUGCCACCCGUCUGAGCCUUUCAUCAUCAGUGUACAGAGGACCGCUGCAGAUUACAAAGUCAAUUUUCAUAUCCGAAAGUGCCCGGCCUAACUGUUGCUUGCUAGUGUUUCUUUUUGCUUCAAUCUUCAAAAAUAAAUUGAUUCAAACAUU